AUGGCGAGCGCAGCUUUGUUUCCGUCGCUCGCAGCUGCGUCGCGGGAGCCUCCGGAGGUCGUGCUGAGCAGAGUGCGCGAGUUGGUGCUGCAGAUCGUGGCUGGCGGGAACCACCCCGAGGCGAGUCUGUUGCAUCAGCUGGCCGCGAUCAUUGAAGAUGAGGAGCAGUGGUACCAGCAACAAGCGGGUUUUUCCUCGUCUAAUCUCCGAGCCUCGUACACCAUCGGACGAAUCGUCAACUCUCUGCGCGAGGACGACGACCUGUACGAGCUGCUCACGUCGAAGCUGCUGCUGCAGUCGUGGCGGUCGCAGGAGGAGCGAGCAGCGGGAGCUCGCCUGCUGCUCGCCUGCGCCAUGAGCUUCGUGUACCGUGGGGUGUUCGAGGAGGGUAUUCUCGAACGAGUCAUUGCUACCGGGGAGUGUUCGAGGAGGGUAUUCUCGAGCGAGUCAUUGACUGGGCGGCCCUCUCAACUCGCCCCGCCCCUCAUUUGCUCGUCUUCUUUCCCCUCUCCGCCCUCCUUUCACACCACACAGUACCGUGGAGUGUUCGAGGAGGGUAUUCUCGAGCGAGUGAUUGCGUGGGCCGCCCUCUCCACUCGCUCCUCCCCACCCCCUGCUCUUACCACUGCCACAACCGCUGCUGCUGCCGCUUCUGCUGGCGCUGCUGGUGGCGCCGGGGGCACGCAGGAGGAGGAGGAGGAGGAAGAGGAGGAGGAGGAUGCAGGGGAGGAGGGUCAGGGGGGAGAUCGGGGCGGAGCGGGAGGAACCGGGGCUGGCGGCGCUGCUGCUGCUGGUGCUGCUGCGGGUGGGGGUGGGGGUGUUGGCGUGAGUGGUGGUGCUGGUGGUGGUGGUGUGGGUGCGAGGGCGAGAGCAUCGGCUGUUCUGGCGACGGACAUGCUGAGGACGUUCUCUACUGGACUCGUUGCUGUUGCACUCAGCUCCAACGAGGCGGCGGUGGAGCAGGUGGUGCGCACAGGCCUCGUGCCCCACCUCGCCCGCCUGCUGCGCAAGCGAGUGCUGGGGCGCGCUGCUGCUCCCUCUGCAGGGGGAGCGCGAGGCGAGGGCGGAGCAGCAGGGGGAGCAGGCGCAGGGGGAACAGGAGGAGCAGCAGGAGCAGGAACAGCAGUAGGAGGAGGGGGAGGAGGAACGGGGACGGGGGUUGUGGGAACGCCAGGGAGCAGAGGGAGCAAACUGCGUAGUGUGAGUAGCAGGGGGGAAAGUAGCGCGGCUGCCACCACCGCUGCUGCUGCUGCGGCCGCAGCUCAAAUUGCUGGAUUAGCAGCGGAGGCGAGAGCAGCAGCAUUAGGGGUCGCGGAGGCGAGAGCAGCAGAGGAGAAAGGGAAGACAGAGGCGGUCGGGGUUAAGGGUUCUGCCCUUGAGAAUUUACUCCCUCCUCCGAAAGCUGUUAUGGUUGGGGCUGUGGAUAUCACUGAAGCAGUUGCAGCAGCAUGGGAUGCGGCGAGAAGGGAAGCAGAGGCGGCAAAUGCUCCAGCUGACGUGGUGGCAGCUGCAGUGGAGGCAGCAGCAGAGUCGGUUAAGCAGGCUGCUGCUGAUGCGUUGGAAGGGGGAGGAGGAGACGAGGCUGUUGCUGCUGCUGCUAGGAGCGCUGCUGAUGCUGUGAGACAGGCGGCGCAAGCAGUGAGUGGGGCAGGGAGUGGGAGCAAGGGCACGGUUUUAUAUGCUCCAGCUGCCUCUAUCCCACCUGCUGCAGGUGCAGCAGCAGACGCAGCAUCAGGGGAAGCAUCAGGUAGAGCAGCCAACGCAGCAGAGCGGACCCCACAGCCCACCACCCCAGCACCCUCACAGGACCCCGCCUCUGCACCAUCCCCAUCCCACGCCACCCCCACCAACCCCACCGGCCCCACCGCUCCCUCGGUUCCAUCCUCCGUUCCAGCUGUUCCCUCCACUCCCGCACGGCCUGCAUGGCAGCUGACUCGGCCGCAGGUGGCGCAGCUGAGGGAGUGGUAUGCGAUGCAGACACUAGCAGCACUGGGCGAGUACAUGGAGGUGCUGGGUCCCGUGCUGCAUGAGAAAGGCGUUGACGUCUGCCUUGCUCUGCUCAGACGCGCCACGCCUGGUCCUACAGGGGCCGAAGGGUCUGCUGCUGCUGCUGCUCCUGGUGUGGCCAGUACAGGUGGCGGUGCUUCUGCUGCCGCUGCCCCUGGCGCAGGGGAUUCCACAGCAGGUGCAGCGGCAGCGGCAGGAACAGCAUGCGCAGCAGGAGCAGCAGCAGCAGCAGCAGCCAGUGGGCCGAUGAGUGUGCUGCUGCUGGCGGAUGUGUUGAAGCUGGUGUGUGCGCUCACAGCACACCGCAAGUUCGCCACACUCUUUGUGGACCGCGGGGGCGUGCAGCUGCUGCUCUCCCUCCCCCGCGUGCCGCACACGCUCCCCGGCCUUGCUGUCGCGUUUUUCGCCCUCGCCUCCAUUCAGGUAUGCGACAGCAAGGCCAGGGGGGACCUACCCACAUCUUUGCCCCUCCUCCCUCCCCACCUCCCUGCCCACCUCCCUACCCUCCUGCUCUCCCCGCUCUCGCCUCCCCACCUCCUAACCCUCCUGCUCUCCCCGCUCUCCCCUCCCCACCUCCCUACCCUCCCUGCUCUCCCCGCCUCCCUCCUCUCCGCGUUCUUCCCGCUUCCCUCGCUGUCGCAUUCUUUGCCCUCGCCUCCAUUCAGUGUGAUGGAGCGUGUGGCGUCCCUCCCCCAGCCAGUCAUCCGCUCUCUCAUCUCAGCAUCGCUCCACCUGCUGCUCUGUCCAUUCGACCACGCGCGGCGCAACACGGCACUCUUCUUUGCCGCCUCCCUCGCCUUCCCCCUCCUUGUGGCAUCCCUCCCCCAGCCAGUCAUCCGCUCUCUCAUCUCAGCAUCGCUCCACCUUCUCCUCUGUCCUCUCGACCACGCGCGGCGCAACACGGCGCUCUUCUUUGCCGCCUCCCUCGCCUUCCCCCGCCUCCUCCAUGAGUUUGACGCCCAGGGGGGCCUCCCCGCCCUCAUCGCUCUGCUCAGGAAUGCUGCUCAGUUAAGAUCCAGGGGCGGUGGGGGAGGGGCGCUGGGCGCGGGGGCAGGGGCAGGGGCAGGGGGAGUGGGGGGAGGAAGAGGGGGAGCAGUGGGAGGGGGAGCAGUGGCGGAAGGGGGAGUUGGAGCAGGGGAGAUUGGAUUGGGCAGAGGGGGUAGGGUAGGGGGAGGGGGAGGGCCAGGGGGAGGGGUAGGAGGGUCAGAGGAGGGUGGUAAUUUCGUUGGAGGGCGCUUGGGUUUGCCGUUUCCUCUGGGUGGGGGAGUGCACUUCGCUGCUGGGACUGCUGGGACUGCUGCUACUGCAGGGACAGAGGCAGCUUCAGAUCCUGUAGUUGGGUCAGCAGGAGGAGGAGGCGGAGGAGCAGGAGCCGCAGCAGGAGCAACUACAACAGCGCUACCAGGUCUGGGCGGUAGCAGCAGCGGCAGUGGCGGCACUGGCAGCGGCACGAUGACAUGGGAGGUGUUGACGCCAGCAGGGAGGCAGGUGGCUCACAACACGUGCAUCGCCCUGCGGCAGUACAUGCGCGUGCACCUCGUGCUGCACCUCGAAUCCCUCCACCACCCUUCUUCCGGUGCCUCCUCCUCUGUUGCCCCCCCUGUUGCCCCCUCUGUUGCCCCCUCUGUUUCCCCCUCUGUUGCCCCCUCUGUUGCCCCCGCUGUUGUCCCAUCCGGUGGCCCCACUGUUACCCCCUCCUCCUCGCUCUCCUCCCGCCACCGCACCCAAGCGCCUCAGAAGCCGUCGCACCACGCACGGAGUCUCACCAGAGCCGUAGAUUCAAGCGCACAGGCAGUGGAGGGGUUGAUGGAGGCACUGAUGGUGUCGGACCGGCGCCUGGCGCAUGCGUUUGUGCGCUCGCGGUGGGGCGCCGCUGAGAGGCUCGUGGAGGAGGGGGCAGUCGAUGUGCUGCUGGAGCUCUGCCAGAUUCCCCCAGGGGAGCGCAGCACGGGGGAGCUAGCAGAGCAUGCACUAGGCGUCCUUCACGUGCUCACCCUCGCGCCCUUCACGCACCGCCAUGUCCUCGCGGCUCGAGUCGCUUCUCACCGCUGCGGCAUGCCCGUGCUGCUCGACGCUGCCAGCGGGGCUCUGCUGGCGGAUCCCGAGGUCAUGCAGAUCGCUCUGCUGGUCGUUUCGGCACUGGAGCUCAUCUCGCUCACCACGAGUGCUGGCAAGGCGACAACAGCAGCAGCCACGGAAGCAACAGCGCCCACACUCAAGAGGCUGGAGCGAGCUGCCAUUGCUGCUGCCACUCCCAUCAGCUACCCCCCCAGCGAGCUCCUUCAACUGAUACACGCUCAUCUGGUAUCAGAAGGCCUUCACCAACCUCCCCCACUCGCCACCUCCCCCACGCUCUCCCUCCCCCUCCCCCUCCUCCUCUUCAUCCAUCCGUCUCUGCUGCACCGGUUGCAACGUCAGCAGCAGCGACAGCUGGCAGUUCGGGAUUGGCUGCUGAGGCAGCAGGGGGGCUUAGCUGGCCUAAGGCCUCUCCGCUCCCUCGACGCCCCUUACAGUAUCACCCGCCGCCUUGCCGCCCGGCAGCGCCGCCCGCCUGCGGGCGGGUGGCAGGGGCGGCGGCUGGAUCGGCAGCUAGUGUUCAGCCGGUUCCGCCCCUGGCGAACCUGCCGAGAAGAUGCGGUUAUGAUCACCAGCGCGUGUUUCCUGCUGGGGGCGGGAGGGGCGGGUGGGGGCGGCGGUGUGUGGGGGUUCGGGGCGGGGGGUACCGGGGGCGUUGGGGGAUUCGGCGGGGGGAGGCGAUGCUUGGCAGUGGGGACGACUGCGGGGGAAAUAAAGCUGUUUGAUGCGGAGGGGGGUGUGGUUGUGGAUAGCUACUCGUGCCACCAGUCUUCAAUAGUUUCGGUGUUUUCGGCGCCGAGACCGGGGUAUGAUGAUGAUGACAGGGGGUUUGUAGGACGGGGGCGGGGGAGACAGCAGGAGGAGGAAAUGCAAGACGGUGCAUCAGCAGCAGGAGGAGGGGUAAGAGCAGGAGGAGCAGGAGCAGGAGGAGCAGGAGCAGGGUCAUCGGCAGCGUCAGCAGCAUACGGAGCAGCUUCCUGUCUGCUCCUCUCCUCUACCCGCACAGAAGUGAAGCUGUGGGAUGCAGCAGACCUCUCUCUCGGGCCCAUCCACACCUUCCCCUCCUGCCGCCUCGGCCGCUUCAGCCACUCCGCUCGCACCAUCGGUGCAGUGCGGUGCGACGGGCAGUCAAGGGAGUCGAGAGAGGUGCUGCUGUAUGACGUGGCAACAGGCAGGCUGCAGGAGACGCUCAGAGAGGCGCCUAUCGCUGCUGCUGCUGACUCAUACGUUGGUGCUGCUGCUGCUGGUGGCGCUGGUGGCGCUGCUGGUGUGGUUGGUUGGGGUGGUGCAGGCGGUGGGGUUGCUGGUGGGGGUUUGGGAGGCGGGCGCGGUGGGAAUGGCGGCUUUGGUGGUCUAUUUGGUGGCUAUGGCGGUUAUGGUGGGUUCGGAGGGUUCGGGAUCGGGCUUGCCGGUGCUGCUGGUACCACUGCUGCUGGUAUUGCUGCUGCUGGUGGCGGCGGUGGCAUGGCUAUGAUGGGAGGAGGAGGAGGAGGGGGAGCGGGAGUGAGUCGCACGUUGGGGUCUCAGGCGGUGCAUUUCUCCCCGCUGGAUGAUCUGCUGCUGUGGAAGGGGUUCCUGUGGGACCCGCGCAUCAGUGAGCCCGUGCAUCGCUUCGACCAGUUCUCGGAUUAUGGAGGAGGGGGCUUCCACCCUUCAGGCAACGAGGUGAUCAUCAAUUCAGAGGUUUGGGAUCUGCGAACUCGAAAGCUUCUGCGCAGCGUCCCGUCCCUCGACCAGACCUCCAUAACAUUCAACGCCACUGGAGAAGUCAUCUACGCCACCCUCCGCCGCACCACCGACGACCUUCUAGCAGCCCUGCACGGCCGGCGGCGCAAGCACGCCCUCUUCUCCGCGUUCAAGACCAUCGACGCGACCUCGUACACUGACAUCGCAACCGUUAAUGUGGAACGCUGCGUGCUCGAUCUCGCCGUUGAACCGACAGACGGGUAUGUCGCAGCAGUGGUGGUAGAUGAGCAUGGGGAAUCGGAUUCUGUUGCGCGGUUGUUUGAGGUUGGGAGGCAGCGGGUGGUGGAGGAGUUGGGGGAUUAUGAUGGGGAGGAUGAGGGGGAGAUGGAGGAUGAGGGGGACGAGGGGGAAGAGGAGGAGGAGGAUGAGGAUCAAGAAGAGCUGGAUAGUUUAGAGGAGGAGCUUUUUGGAGGGUUUUCGGAGGAUUUGGAUGAGGAGGAGGAUGAGGAUGGGUUUGGGCAGCCGCGGGUGAGGGCUGUGAGGGGUGGGGGGCGCGGGGGGGUGAUGAAUGGGGAAGUGGAGGAGGGGGAGUAUUUGGGGAGUGAUUCAGAGGACGAUGAGGAGGCGGCACAGACGCUUAUGGAUUUGAUCAUGGAGGGACCGUCGGAUGAAGAUCCCGAUAGUUUUAGUGACGAGGAUGAUGAUGAUGACGAUGACACAGAUGAGGCGUGUCGGAUUCAUUGUCAGACCGAAACCCACAGCGCGCAUGCCAGUGCACUGUAG